UUUUUAGAAAUAAUAUUUUGUUUAGCGUAUAAAUUAUUUUAUAUUUUAAUGAUGAUGUAUAUAUAUAUACAUAAAUGGACUUAAUGUUGCUUCUCAAACUGUAGUUUCAAAUCUGUUUUCUAUUAAAGAAAUCCAGUCUUUAUUCCACGCUUAACGGCAGAUAUUAAAUCGGAGAAAAAUGGCUUCAUCUUCUUAUAACGACACGAGCAGAUUAUAAUUGAAAACAUCUGACCGAGCGCCAUCACAUCCAAGCAUCUCGACUGGGCACAGCCGAAUAUUACCGGGAACAGUCGAAACGGGAAACGAAACUCCCGUUUAUUGUGUGUACUUCCUGCUCCAAUUACGAUACUGUCUAUUCCCCCCCCGUGUGGCGCUCCGCUCUGCCUCCCCUUCACUUGCGUCCGAACGACGGGUGGGAGCGCAGAAACAACGGAUGUAGCCUCUCUUUCAUAUUAUUGAUGUUUCCAGACAUCCGCAGCAGCCAGUGCAGCCCGAUUGUGGCCGAUUUCGGACGUGCGAGCGACGCAACUCCUGCUCGCAAUUAAAUUUCCUUUUGUAUGCGCCGCUGGCAACAACAAUUACCGAUGUGUGAUCAGGGAUUGGGAAGUAAACACGCCGGCCUGCGCUCAUGAUUAGAGGCGGGGUGAUAUUGAUACCUCAGACUCAGAUUGUCCUUGAUCUCAAGUUGAUUUCACUUCGGAGCGGAGGGACUGUGGGCUUCAAUGGCGUCAGUAUCGAAGGUAUCUAUUCUGGAUUACUUUAAUAUUGUGUUUGAAGGUGAAAAUGGCAAAAUCGAGUCCAACUGCAAGGCUUGUGGCACCAGAAUCCAGGCGAAGCGGAGUGUCACGUCCAACUUCGUAACGCACCUCAAGCGGAAACACCAGGCUAUGUAUGAUGACUUUGUGAAAAGGAAGGAUAUGAAGAGAGAGGGUUACUCCUCUGGUUCCCUGCAUAGUUUCACCACCAAUGGAGGGAAUACCCGUUACACUCUGCCCAUCAGUACUGGAGUGGGAGGAGGAGGAGGAGGAGGUGGUGUUGGAGGAAUGGGAACACUCGAAGGAGGAGUAGGAGGAGGGGUGACCAAGUUUGACAGACAUGACCCACGUCAGGUCCUGAUCUCUGAGGCUAUAGCCAAGAUGAUUGUGCGUGAUCUGCAGCCAGUGUCCAUAGUGGAAAAUCAAGGUUUCAGAGAGUUGCUUCAGCUCCUGGAGCCACGUUACACUCCUGAGCGGCAGCAUUACAUCCAGAGCCAGCUUCUCCCGGCCUACGCCUACCAGGCCCAGCUAGCCACCCGUCAGGCCUUGGCCUCUACGCACGCCCUCAGCCUCAGCCUGGAUCUCUGGAGGGGCAUAACUGGAGCCACUUCAGGCUACCUCGGUGUCACCUGCCAUUUUCUUACAUCUGAUUGGCAGAUGCGUUCAGCUCUCUUGGCGUGUCUGCCUCUGACACGGGGCAGCUCUAUGAAUCGUGUGCUUUCCGAUUUUGAAGAAGUAUGUCACUCUCAUGGCGUGUCGGGGAGAGCAUUUCGUGUUGUUGCGGACCCUUUCCUGGCAACUGCAACAGCAAAGCUGUGUUGUCUUCCUGGUUUCCUGGUUUCGUCCCCUAGUGGGCAAAAUGAAGAUGAGGAUGAAGACGUGGUGGACAGUAAUAACAGUGUGGAGGAAGGGAUCAAGAAUGGCCACGGUGAUGGUGGAGAGGAAGGAGAAUGGGGUGACUCCUGGGAGCAGGGUCUGAGUGUUUGUCGGGUGGACUGUUUCUCUCGCUCGCUUGAACAGUGUGUCAGUGAGGGGUUACGCUCAUGUCCACAGCUCUCCUCCACGCUGGCCAAGGCUGCCUGUUUCUACAACUACAUUACCUCUGCUGUCCCACCCGAGAAACUUAAUCAGGUGUUCGAUAGUCCUGGGUUGAUCAUGGGGGGACCAGGAAAUACCUCUCCUGCAGCAAGAGACUGGGCUUCUCAGCUUAAGAAAAUCAUGGCCGACCGAAGCAGCCGGUUCAGUGUCAAGAAGAAAGAGAAGAAGGCGGAAAAUAAAACAAAUGAUGAGAAGGACCAAGAAAAGGAGAACAUUUCGAAAAAGCCUGAGAAACUUGCGAAAAAGCCAGAGAAGGCCCCUGAGCAGCCCAAGACAGGUGAAGAGAAGAGGAAUGGGGCAAGUGGAGGGGCAACAGGAGUGGAGGCGAAUAACGGCGAAGAAAAUGGAGACUUCCAGCCCAUAGAGCUGCCACCAUUUGAGAUUGUCACAGGGGAACAGAUGAGCCCGUUCUAUUUCAAAUUUCAGUUCAGGAAUGUGGAGUACUCAUCAGGGAGGAACAAGACCCUGCUGUGCUACAGAGUGGAUACACCAGGGGGCACCACAGAGCCUCUAAAAGGUUAUAUGGAGGAUGAACAUACCACAGCACAUGCUGAAGAGGCCUUUUUUCAACAGGUGCUCCCUAAUACUUCCCAAGAGUAUGAAAUCACAUGGUACGUAUCAUCCAGUCCCUGCGUGUCUUGUGCGAACAAGUUGGCCAACAUCCUCCAGCAGCGCAAAAAGGUCCGUCUGUGCAUAUUCUGCUCCCGUCUCUUUGAGUGGGAAGAGCCGGAGAUUGUAGAAGGGCUCCGGACUCUGGUGAGAGCUGGCUGUAAACUGCGGAUGAUGAAGCCGUGUGACUUCCUGCUCGUUUGGGAAACGUAUGUGGACAAGGAGGGCCAGACCUUUACACCCUGGGAGGAUUGUCAGGAAAACUAUGACUACUACAUGGAGAGACUGACUGAUAUCCUCAAGUAGAUGGUGCACAUGAAAGUGAAGAUCUCCCCUCUGACUCAACCACAAAUCAGCCUACUUGUGAUUUCCUACUGGUUGAGCGUGUGUUUCUUGCCCACAUCUGAUGGUGCAGAUCACUAUUAGUUUGAAUGAACACUCGUGGCAACAUUUUGUAUUUUUUAUUUUGACAAUUUCACAACACAAAAUGCAUUAAUGGCUUUUCAGUAGCAUAACUCAGUUUAGAUAAAUAUAUCAUACAAUAGCCAACUGGUUGCCUAUUACAUUAAUUUCUGAGCUACUGUAACACAUUAAAUAGGCUUUGGUUUAUCUGCUGGCAUCUGGUGUUUGUUUUAGGAAUUGAAUAUUUUCCACAGAUUAUCUUAAAUGUAUGGCACUUGCAUGUGUUAAAUUAUGUACAAUUUUACAAAAACAGCACCAUGCAAUGCAGAACAAAUCUGUACACAUUUAUAUAACAAUGCCUGGUAGUACGUUCAGGUCAAAGCACAGGUAAGGCUGAGAGUCUGACCAAGUGGAGCUUAUGAUGGCUCCACUGUACACAGCCUGGCCUUUCCCCUGAAGCCACUCUUAGGACAUUCUUUAUACAAUUUUUUUGGACCAGAUCUACGCUGAGGCACCCUCAGUGAGUCAUUGUUUAAAGGAAACAAGCCCACCGUUGCUUGCUGUUGCCUCCUGAUUUUCAGCCGUCACUGCUGGAAAGACAUGAGAGAUGAGAUAUGGAAACAUGCAUUAGAUUAAAUUGGCACAGUGACUAGAAAAUGUUUAAUUGGAAAAGUGCACUUGUAAUAUAAAUUUAUUACCUUGGUCCUCCUGCGGGGUUAUUGGUAAUGGUGUUGUUUCACUGCACAGUGUGCCAUUCUCCUCCCCUUCUGCAGGUUAGAUAGUUAGAGCAACCAUGAAAAUAUUAUUAAGACACACUUGCAUAGUAGUACAAUUUUUGUAUUGUCUUCUUUCUUUGUUCUUUACCGUUAGGUGAAGCACUCAGUUCCUCAUUGGUGAUGUACUGAACCAGUGGGCAGGGUGCAUCUACAGAAGGGAGGAAGGAACUCUUAACACGACCAUCAAGGUCAAAAGCAAACUAUGAAAGUCAGGCCCAAACCGUUGUGCUCGUACAUAGUUUCACAAAUGGUAAUUUCAAAAAUAGCUCAGAAAUGAAUCUGGGGCUGUAUCUGCAGCAUAUGAGGAAAUGGCAACCAAAACCACAGUAUAAGGGUGGUGUCAACAUACCAUCACGAUUUUUUAGCUGGUCCAUGGUGAGAAACAGGUCUGCUUCUUCUGGUUUAUAUUCAUCUUUGGCUAUGUGAUGAGAAGAAAUAAAAUGCAACGUCACUGUG